GCCGGGUUUCGUAGCGCAGCGCGGCGCUGACCGCUACGACACGACCCGCUCCCCGCGCAUCGAGCACACGAAGUUAUUUACCGGGGCUAUCUCGGCGGCCCAAUGAAAGGCAGCGGAGUGGCGGUGUCCAAACAAACCCCCGAAUGGGCACCGCAGCCAAUGGCUGCGUGGUUCGAGUCGAGGAGGGGAGGUUACCGCAGAUAAACGGAGCCGAGCCGUGCCCUGCGGCGGCGAGGAAAAGACCAAAACUUCCCAGCGGGACGUGGGCUUUUGAUGAACGACGGCCUCGGCGUGAGAGCGGCGCACGGAGCGUGGAGUUCGCCCUCCUAUAAACACGAAUCGACAGCGCGAUCCGCGCAUCCAUUCACGCCGAGCGCGCAACGGAGGCGGCGCGGAUCGGUAAGUAGAUUGAAAGUCGGGCUCGCGGCGCCACGAUGCAACGGCCUCCCGGCAUGGUGACCGCCUUCAGCAUCGAGUCUCUGAUCGGAGGAGCCCCCCCGCCGCGCUGCGGGCAGAUCCUCUACACGGGUUAUCCUGGCCUCUUCAUGCCGCCCUACGGAUCCCUCGUGCUGCCGGCACACGGACAGCUCCACGCGGGGCUCCCCGCCGCAUUCCCCGCGGCUCUGGGCGGCGGAGCCGGAGGUGGCUUCUAUUCGGCGUUUGCGCGCGGGAUUCAGCACGGGGCUGCGGGAGCAGUCGCCUUUUGCGGCAACAAGGAGGCGCCUUCGCCGGGCGGGGAGCGGGUCCCAACGUACCCGGCUCGCUCCGAGGCUCUAUCCGGCAGGGAGCGGCUCCCGGCUCUCACGCUCCUGCACUGCUCCAAGACGUCGCUGUUAUCCUCGCCAGCAGGUCGCGGGUGCCGUGAAGCCGACUCGAGCUGCGAGAGCGAGGCGGAUCGGUGCAGCGAGGACGAGAUGAGCACGGACAGCGCGUCACCGCGCGCGGACCCGGCAGGCCUUGAUCGCGAUGGGUGCAGUCCGCCGCUGCACGGGGGCCGGGCCCCCUGCUCCCGCAGCCCCAGUUCCCCUACGGGAGGCGCCUCAGGCACCGAGCACCUCUUGCCAGCCAAGUCACACCUCCACCAUCAGCAACACCAUCAGCAGCAGCCGCAACAACAACAUCAGCAGCAGCAACAGCAGAGGAGGCGGCGGCGCACGGCGUUCACGAGCGAGCAGCUGCUGGAGCUCGAGAAGGAGUUCCUGAGCAAGAAGUACCUCUCCCUGUCCGAGCGCUCGCAGAUCGCGGCGGCGCUGCGUCUCAGCGAGGUGCAGGUGAAGAUUUGGUUCCAGAACCGGCGCGCCAAGUGGAAGCGCGUCAAGGCGGGCAACGGCGCGUCCCGGAGCGGGGAGCCGACGCGAAACCCCAAGAUCGUGGUGCCUAUCCCCAUCCACGUGAACCGAUUCGCAGGCAGGGGACCUCAACAACAGCAGCAGCAGGACACACUGACUGUCGAGCAAACGAGCAGGACAGCCGCUCCAUAGGCUUUUUUUGUUUAAUAUAGAGAAUGAGUUCUUACUUUGGUCUUUAAAUGCACAAACUGUGAUAGAAAGUGUUAGUGUAUAUAUAUGUAUUAUUGACCUCGUGGCGUCGUUGGCAAGAUUUACACGACUGAACAGCCCCUCGUAUGUAAAAUGUAUGUGUGUGUGUGAAAGAACUGGGGAGCGGUAGUGUAGCGGUUAGCGUGCUGCGCUAUGAACCUGGCGACCCGGGUUCGAUUCCCGCUCACGGCUAACACCAGUGACGAUUAUCUGAACCGGUCCUGGGCCUCCCCUAGGUCGACUCAGCCUUAAAUGAGUACCUGGUGCGGUGUGUAAACAUCGGCACUGGGGAGACAAAGGCGGUCGGGCGUGGUGCUGGCCACCCACCCCCUCGUUCGUGUACCGUUCCGGCCUUCAUAGGUGCUCGCUAACAGCACUUGCCCCUACAGUCUGUUAAGGCUAUACGGGGGAUCUUUGUCUUUGUGAAAGAACUGCAAGUGAAGUGAACUGAUGAACCUUGCCGGUGCGAACCGACCACGAAAAUCACGACCCCGCUCCCACACGCGUUGCUCCUGUGAUUGCGCGCUCGUGUUCGGAAUGAGAGUUGCCGUACGGGAAGUAUCAUGCACCGCGCACGCUCAGUGAUCGUCCCUGUGUGUUAAGUACGCGAUUGACACGUUUCUAUGCAUACAGAGAAAACACCCCAUGCACACUUCGUUUAUUUUGGGUUAGAUCAUGUUUUGUUUUACGAUAAACCUCCACCAUUCGAUAAAGCCUUUAUCAAAUAAAGUUGUCGCGUGGCCAAACAUGCCGCCAAAUUAUUUGGAUUUUUACCAAAGCGUAUAGUGUUUAAAAGCAAGCAAUUUUUGGACACUUGUGUACGUUUCGCUGGACAUUACAUCCAGCAUAAUCAGGUGUUAACAAAAACUCAGCUCUAUACAAUUAGCGAAACACCUAUUCCGUAAAAUUACUCCAACAAAAGGUGGGAUCACGACGGGGCUACGCUUUGGGCAACGGGCAGCAGUGUGGCAAAAAUCACUUGUUGUGCUGUACUAUGCUCCUACGUCGAUGCGCUCCACAGCCUUCGCCAUCCUCGGCUGACUGUGGGUCAAGCAACUCCCACGACUCGCAGCGGCUUGGCGCACAUCUAGCGGUGGAUUUGCAACAAGGGGCGCUGUUACGCGCGCACCGCGUAAUCGGCUCCAGCAAGAUAUCCCCCCCCCACCCCCGCUCUGCUGAGCGUUGCCUUCACCGAGCUAUUUUUAUUUAAUUGGCCCAGAUCUAAGGGGCAGGGUGUUUGAUGUCCGAACGAAUGCGAAAGCUCUCGGCUUCGUGUUAAUGAUGGACCCGUGUCCCCGAGAUUAAUUAAACACGUGCACUCAGUCGCCAUCGGUCGCGGGCGUUGCGCAGCGCACACGA